CUGACAGCUUUUCAGGUGAGACGGAAUAACUUUGCUGUUUUUACUCUUUAGUCACUUUAACUUGCAGAGAGACGUCACGGUGAUGACAUCACUCUAACCCGGUAGGCUUCAGACGGCUGACGUCACGGCGUGGUACUUUAGCCACAGUUAGCUGUUAGCAUUUAGCUUCUUCUGGCUGCUGCCUAAAACAGGCCUGGUGUACCGCAGUUAGUGCUCAGCCAAUCACGGUAGAGCUGCAGGGAAACAGGAAGUAGACCAGAACAACCGGCCGGCGACAGGUGACAGCUUCGGGAUGAGCAGCCGAGGAGGAGAGCAGGAAGGCCGGGGAGCAGCUCCACAAGCCGGGGCAGCUGAGAGGGAGGACGACGAGGAGGACUUCUAUGACUGCCAGGAGAUCAUGGAGGCUCCUCACUCCCCGGAGGAGCAGCAGGAGGACAGCCACAAGGACGCUUCAGGUUCAGAGGAGGUUCCUCCAAAAAACCCGGACAGCAUACCUGACCAUGGAGACACCGACAGGGAGACAGGAGGAGGACGGCAGGAGGAGGAACCUGGUGAAGAGAAGCUGGAGGAGGAGGAGGAGGAGGAAGAGCAUCAGGACCAGGACUCAGACUCUGAGCUGAAAGAUGAGGAGAUGCCCAAAGGAGUAGAGUUUGAUGAUGACUACCUGAGGGAGGUGGAGAAGGAGCUGACAGAGGAGGAGAAGGAGAGUCGUCGGCAGCAGAGUGUCGCUCUGAAGGAAACUGGAAACAGCCUCUUUAAAGCUGGAGACUGGAAGGAGGCCGAGGAAAGCUACACGGAGGCGCUGGCUGUGUGUCCUGUUGCCUUCAGCAGAGAGAGGGCCGUGCUGUUCUCCAACAGAGCCGCUGCCAGACUGCAUCUGGAGCUGAACGAUGAGGCCAUCUCAGACUGCAGCAGAGCCAUAGGUCUGGAUCCAGACUACCUGCGGGCGCUGCUGAGGAGGGCGGAGCUUUAUGAGAAAACCCAGAAGCUAGAUGAAGCCCUGGAGGACUACAAGCAGGUUCUGGAGCGAGAUCCAAGCAACAGCGGAGCCAGGCGGGCCUGCAUGAGGCUGCCUCAGCAGAUUCAGGAGCGAAACGAGAAGCUAAAGGAGGAGAUGAUGGAUAAACUGAAGGACCUGGGGAACCUGAUCCUGAGGCCGUUUGGACUCUCCACCAGCAACUUCCAGGUCAACCAGGACCCCAGCAGUGGAUCCUACUCCAUCAACUUCGUCCAGAACCCCAACAACAACCACACCGGAUGACGCCGUCUUUUAAUCGGCGACAGGUCGAGGCUCCUGGUCCGGUUCCUGGCCCGUUCCACCGGACCGGAGCCGUAACCUGCUGCUAUGGAUGCUUCAGGUACCGCAGGACAUUGUGGCGUUGCUCAGACUGAGGACUGAAGCAGGCUGACACCAUCUGCUGUAUCAGCUGUUAAUAAAGGAAACAGGAAAUGAUGCAAGCAUGUUUCUGUGAGGGCGGAGCUUAAUUGGUUUAUUAUGAACAGGUGAGGCGGAAACAGGAAGUCAAGGUGAUUGGUCAGUGAGCUCUCCUGGACAGCAGCAUCUCUCUGAUGUUGUCCUCCGCUUCUUUGACGCUGCGCUCCAGGUACACCUUCUUCUGCUGAAACACAGAGGUCAAAGGUCAGGGAGGCGGGUUCAGCCCAAAGUUUCCAUCCAGAGCAUAAAAACACAGUUUUAGGAUCUAUUCUGUUUGCUACAUGAUGGUAAUUACUUCUACAUCACAGGUUUUACUCUAAGAUCAGUAGAGACUGACAUGAUGAUGUCAUGGCUUUGUGCCAAUCUGAUAGGUUACCUGGAGGCUUUCAGAUGAAACGUCAGAACGUCGCAUUAAACGGGAAUAAAAAGAUAAGUUUCCUGUUCUGGUGUCGAGUUAAAUCUGCCUUUCUGUUUAAACCAUGAUUUUAAAAUAAAGCUUCAUCUUGA